AUCAACUGCUAAGAGGAAGAGGAAGUGGGAUAAGCACUGGAAGUAAUCUGAUAAGUUGGCUAACUUUAUCUCAGUCUGCCAGCGAGGUCAUUUGCAUAUUCUAAAGCCAAGACACGAACUGCGGGGGUUAUAACGUGGUUAAAAUAUAGGCAUAUAUACAAUAGUUAUUUAUAGAGCGAGACACGAUGGUGGUUGUACGCACCCUGGCCUGUGUUCAUCUACUGGCAUUUGGUCUGAGUUUUAAUAUCGAUAUUAAUCAUCCAGUAGUUUUCAAUGGACCUGGAUUAGCGGACAGUUACUUCGGUUACACAGUAUUGGAACAUACAAACGACCAAGGACAGUGGGUACUGGUUGGAGCACCACGUGAUAAUUCAAGCUACCAAACUGGCUUAAAUCAACCAGGAGCGCUAUAUAAAUGUAGCGUAUUAUCGCCGCAUGGUUGUCAACAAGUGUUCAUUGAUAACACAGAUAAUGAAAGAGAUACGGAAGGAGAAUAUUUUGAAGACAUUAAAGAUGGACAAUGGUUGGGCGUGUCAUUAACAAGGCAACAGAGAGUGAACGGUGAUACUAAAAUAUCUACCAGCGAGGAGAAUAGUUCAACGUUUCCACAAAUGCCUACUACCGCCUGGCGCUGUGACACUAAUUUAAGGGGGUACAUACUGGUGAAAAGGGAGACCCAGAGAAAUAUGGUUCUGUCCCGUGUAAUCGACCCAGGUGUAAUACAGAUUUAUUACAGAUUCUAA